CCCAGGCCCACACACCAAGGAACUCUAGAGGCCCAGUGGGCGAAAUGUUUCGUCUGUAGAAGAGAGGACGAAAGGAAGGACACCUGUCGCUGGCUCUUCAAAUCGAAUAGAUGACUCUGAUGUUUAAGCUCCAGCUAAGCGACCAAUUUGUUUUUUCCAACAAAUUAGGCCGCUGCUCACAUCAGCUUUGAUCGACCAGUCAAUGCAACGACGCCCUCCCUGGUCGUCUUUGGUCAAUCAUCAGUCCGCUGACCCAUGGAGGACAGAACCGACAGUCCGAUGGCUGUGAAGGUGGAGAAGCACUCGCAGUACGUCAUCCUGACUUACUUCCAGGGGGACAUCAACAGCAUGGUGGACGCUCACUUCACCCGUGCUCUCAGCAAAGUCUGCGUGGCCUCGGCGCCAGCUGCAAAAACAAAGAAAAUGUGUAAAACUCUUAAACUGGAAGAAGCCAGCCCCUGUCAGGGGAGUGACGACCCUUACUCCGAGUCACAGGUCCCGCCUGUAGGACAUCUCCUGACCUUCAGCCCUAUGGACGAUGCUCCUGACUCAUGGCACUCAUUCACCUCCAGGCCAGGAGAGGGCCCGGGACUGCCGUCGAUUGCGUACUCUCUUUCCCCAGAAGGCUUGAGUCUCACUGGACAGCAGUACGCCAGAUCCCUGCUCAACCUACUGCAUAAUGACCACGGUGAGCUGGGACCCAGCAUGGCUUCCAGCUCUAAGCCAGAACUGCUUCCCAGCUGGACGGUGCCACAAGGAUUUAGAGAGUCAGUAGACCCUGCAGUGGGCUUUGAACCUGGACGGCGUCUGGACAAGAAGGACUUGUACUGGUACUGAAGAGAGAGCGGCUGGAGCAGCUUCAACUACACCACCUACAUACCUGUGGCCCCGUAAAGCCACCUGGCUUCCUGUUCACUGGGGCAGCUGUCAGACAUUUUCUCGUCAAACAAGCCUGAGUGUCAUCUGAGAGCACACACGGGAGAAACAGCAGUGCUUCCUUUCCCUGCCCUGCUCCUUCCACGUCUCGGUAAAAUGACCUCAGCUCCUCAGUAUGUACUAACUGGAACACACUUUCUGAAAGGGGACACUCUCUGACAAACCUGUUCUGCAACUCAGUCAUUCCUCCUGUGGUGCUCAGAGCACUGUGUAUGUUGUUGUUUGGAGUUGGAUGAAGGGCAUUUUCUCUUCGUGGGCCUACACCAGUAUUAAGUUAACGUGUGAACAUUAUGAGCCUGAGUGUAUAAAUAUUAAUGUCAAGAACAGUCUACAGUUCACUUGGAUGAGUUUUUCUUGCUAUGAGAAUAUUUUAUGUAUCCAAACGGUUAAAAAAAAGUGAAGUAUAGUGAUGAUGUGUUAAUGAGUUUUUUUCUUUCUGUAAAACUGCAAACUUAAAGCCAUCUUCAAAGAGUGGAAUGUACAAAAAUGUAAUCAUACACAAACCUAAAUAAAUAUUUGAGCAGACAAAUCAAAAA